CUUUCACAGCAUACCUGUCAGCGUACAGUAUAAACAUCAGCGCACAUGUUUUACAGACCUCCACAGCAGUGAGAUGGACAAGACGCAUAAGUGCUACAUGCAGAACAGAUGGCUGUGGAUGUCUCUGAUUAUUUCAGCUUUAAUGCCUGGAGUGAUUGGGUCGUCCAUGGAAAGUAAUUGGGUGGUCCAUUUUCCGGUGAACCCUAUUCACGCUCCUCGUGGUUCUUCAGUGACGCUCCCCUGCACUUAUGACUUCCCCAAUGAAUCCAGGUCACGAACUGUCCAGUCUGAGAUGUGGUGUCGAAACCAGGACCUGUGCCUCACAGCGACCUACGUGUACCACAGCGCAAACAUCUUCCCCGAUCCUGCGUUCCGGGGCCGGGUCCAGUACCUCGGCUCACUCGGCUCCAGGAACUGCUCUCUCAGGAUCAGUAAGCUGAGGGUGAAGGACAGUGGCGUGUACGUGUUCCGCUUCAUCACCAACCACCCUGUGCGAAAACUGCCAAGGCAGAAGGGCCUGACGUUGAAAGUGACAGACGCCCCAGGAAACACUUCAGUGACGGUCACCAGCUCGGGUCUGAUUGCUGAGGGAACGUCAGUCAGCCUGUUCUGUUCAAGCUUUAACACCUCAGCACAUACCAACUUCACGUGGUUCCAGAGGAACGAAACCACAACUUUAAGAGGCACAGGUCAGAAGCUGACUAUAGGGCACCUCAGUUCUCGAGACAGCGGCUUGUACACCUGCGUAGCCCAAAACAUCUGGGGCUCAGACUACGCUAAUAUCACACUCACCAUCCAGAAAGAAAAAGGAAACAGCUCUUCCUCCACUGUUAUCAUUGUGUUUGGAUUAAUCAUCCUGCUCACAGUAAUAAUUGCUGUUAUCAUUUGUAUUAAAAGACACAUGGCUUCAAAAACCUUCCACAGGGCACGUAAUGACAACGACAACCUCUGAUCGUGUCGGAGAAACGGCUUUUUAUUUAUUACUUUAUCGGAUUUACUCACGGUGUCAUAAACGUAGCUGUAUAAACAUGAGGUUUUUUUAAAAAUCAUAUUAUUAUCUGUUUUUUUAUUAGAAUCUGGAGUCUUCAGCGUAGAGCUGGAAGGACUAAACUAUUCCUGAAAUACCCACAAUGCAAUGCGGUGAAUUAUGCAUAUCUUUAUUUUUUUCAACAAUGAGAUUGAUCACCUGUUCUGAUUCUUUUCGUGCACGUCUAAUGCUUUUGUAAAUGCAGAUUAACACAUUGAAAUGAAUACAUUUAAUGAAUUAUUUAAAAUGAAAAAGUGAUAAAUUAAAAUGAGUGUUUCAACUCAGUAAACGUACUUUGUGUCAGUGAAAUUGUUGAGUGAAUCUUAACAAAUGAAUUCAAAAUGUUGAAGAACUACAUUACCCAUCAGCCCCAGUACACCACAUGACCCUGUCACGUAUCUCCUUGAUCGCUCGCACAUGUUUCCUAUCCUGACUAAUUAGCAUCAUUAUUUAAGUUUUAUGCUUUUGAGCUUUUCUUUUUUUAGUCUUUUGCUUUAUUUCCACCUUCCAUCAUCAAACAGUAAAGAAAACACCAGGCUGUGCUGAUGUCAGAAUAAAAUAAACAGAAGCUGAUGAUGAUCAAAAUCAA